AUGCCUGGGGGCGUUGUACUGGCCCCCUGCACCUGUUUCGGUUGUGGGCGUUCCGAGACAGGAGAGUGGGGGAGCAGGAGAGGUUCUGGGGGGGCACGCAGUCUGAGAUGUUCUUCUGCUCAGUGCAGCCGGGUCUCCACACCUGACUCGCGGGUCUGCUUCUCUGUCCCCAGGGAAUCUGGGCUCCAUCUUUCUGCGGCUGACGAUGAUGUCAUGGCUGCCCUGAGGUGGCCCAGGCCCUCCCAGCAGCCAGGUGACCUGCGGGGAGCGCCCUGCGUGGCCUGGUCCGACUACACCGAGCAGUCAGGCCCCCGGGGGAAAGCCUGCAGCCACCCCGCGUGGUCGGAAGGCGAGGAGGCCAAGGAUGGGGACAGCUCGGUGUCAUCGGGCCGCCUCUCUGGCUCCUCUGGUGGCCACGAGUCCUGCCCAUCUCCCCCCGGGCCCUGGAAGGAGAGGCCCCCCCAGGUGCUGGGGCCCCGGCGGCGGCCCAGAGAGAGCAACCCGCGGCUGGAGCAGCUGCGGGACAAGAUCCGGGCCCAGGCACAGUGGCAGGCCAGCUGCGCCUCCCUGGGCACCUCCACCCCGUCCAGCGCCUCGCGCCUCCACAGAGCCUCCAAGCCAGACCCCCGGAGGAAGGCCAGGAGGCUGACGACCGCCCCUCCAGCCCCGUGGGACGUGCUGAGGCCCAGGCCCUCCAGCAAAGGCUUCGUCGCCCUGAAUGCGGCUCAGUGUGGAGUGCAAGACAAGGCAAUCCCCGGCCAAGGGUGCGAGCCCUCCGGGGUCCCCCAGCACCCGGCCUCAGUUCCACGGGAGAAAGCCAAAAGGAUGAAAGGUAGUCCUUGCAAAAGGGAGAAGACCCCAGGAUCACCCUUCCCCAGAAGAGCCUCCAAAGACAAAGAUUCUGAGUUGGUUGGUGUUUACGCCUGGAGGAAAGGACCAGCCCUGGUGAGGGCCCUGCUUGGGCCCCCUCCCGCCCUCCCCAGGCUCCAGAGCAAGGCUCCCUCAAGAGACCAGGCCCCCACCGGGGAAUUAGGAGACAGCAAGAAAGUCGGAGCUGCCGAGGGCUCCCCCGUGUGCCCCCGGAUGCCCAGUCCAGCCUCAGUCCACGGUGACCUGCAGGUGUCUGCCAACACACCCAACCUGGCUUCCUGCGAUCAGCCCGUGACCAUCCAAAAUGCUAUGGCCGUCCUUAGAGGUCUCCGCCAGCAAGUCCAGGCCGGGCUGGAGCUGGCCCGGAACCGCCACCCCGGGGAAGGGCCAGCACCGGGGCGGUCAAAGCUGUGGCUGCAGGACCCUUCAGGGAGGAGGCAGCGGGGCCCCUGGAGCACCCCAGACGUGCGGGGCUCCUUCUCGAAGAGUCCUCAAGCAGGGGUGGAGGGGAGGCGCUCCUCCUUAGAGAAGGCUGGCAGCUUCUCCACUGGGCAUCGUUGGAGCACCCUGGCUGCGUGGGAGUCCUAUCCCCAGCUGACUGGAGCAGCCCAAGGACGGAGCCCCUCCUUCCAGAGGCCCGGGAGCCCCCCUGAGAGGCUGACCACCUUGCCUCAGCGGCCCUGGAGCACCUCGGCCAGGCAGGCCUCCAGGUCCCAGCGGACCUGGGCCACUUAUGGAGACUGGGACACCUCCGCCCGAAGACCCUGGAGCCCUUCUGGCCAGCGGUCCUGGAGCGCCUCCUUCACGCAGGGCUCUGGCAGCCCGUGCAGGGGCAGAGGCUCCCUCCUGCCACCCUCGGGAGUGGAGCACAGCUGGCUGAGGCCUGCGGGUGGUGCCCCUGGGAAGGAGAACGAGGCGCGGGUGCCGCCGCCCUGCCCAAAGCCCCGGGGGGCCCUGGGCCACCCCCACAGCGCCGAGACGCUGCGGGAGUUCAUGCGCCAGAAGACGCUGGCCCGGCGGCGGCAGGCCCUGGAGGAGAAGGCCUCGGCUGUGCGCGCGCUCGAGCUGAGAAACCAGAGGCUGCAGGAGGUCUACCGGAAGCAGCGGGAGGCCGUCCUCGGCAAAGCCGUCCCUGUGGUCUCCCAGACCACCCCCGGCAUUGUGACCUUUUUCCCGCAUUGCGCGCAGUCCAGGGGCCCGGAGGCUCCCGGGAGCCUGGGGUCGCCUGUGCUGGAGUGGAGCAAGGUGACCUCCGGCAUGGUGCAGGGGGACCAGGAGGCCCCGGGCAGCUUCUGCCUGUGUUUGAACAGAGCCUUGAAUCGCACUGAGACUCUAGAGAUGGGCGGCCCCCAGGACGGCUGGGAUGGUGCCCCCAUGCUGAUGUCCACCCGCUCCUCCCCGGGCCCCCUGAAGCUCCAGGACCUGAGCAGCCGCUCCCCGCGCCCAGGCGUGUGCAUCUACCUGGACCCCGAGGAGAGCGAGCGCCUGGGCACAUCGGGGCCGCUGCACUUCCGCUACAAGCAGGCCCGGCUACAGGCGCUGGAGACCAUGGCCAACGUCCUGAAGCAACGGAUCGACAUCCUCACGGCCAAGCUGCGUGGGUCGGAGGCUCCAGACGCUCUCGCCGACCCAGUCUCAGACCUGUCGCCCUCACACCGCAGCGCCGUGCCGGCUGCCCCCAUGCCCUCAGCUCCAGUCUGCUCUGGAGCCCUGGUGCCCAACGGGAGCAGAGGGGCCCCCUGGGACCGGGCAGACGUGCCGGCCGGGCCACUUGUCUCUCCCACGUGCUUCUUGGAUGGCAAGACGCUGCCGUGGAGCCCCGACUGGGAGCGGCGGCACAGUGUGAGCCUGAGAGGCCACCACGACAGCAAGCCCCGAGGUUUCAUUGAGGAUGGGCGUUUGGAGCUGGAUAACAGGCUGGCAAGAAACACGGCUUCCUUCCAGGCCCUCGGCCCCUUCAUUGGGAGCUCACUAGGGGUGCCAGCCGUGUUGGACCCCCCCUGCGGCUCCCUGCAGCUGGAAGAGAUGCCGUUGGCCAGAGGGGCAGGCUUGGUCACGCCCUGGACCAUGCAAGGCUGCGGUAAGGGCGAGCCUGCGGACGGGCCCUGGGCUGGCUGGUCGGGUGGCCGGGGAUGUCCGCUGGGGACCCCCUCCACUGCCUGGCGCUCCGGUGCGGUCCUACGGGUGUAGAGAGAAC